AUGAUAGCGCUCAUAUACUUACUGAUGAUAACAGUACCUCCUGGCGGCGCCUCCUGUCCUCCGCCUUCAGAAUCAAUCAGCUUGGAAAACUUCAUCCUCGAAGCGACAUCUAGGGCGAUCUUUCAGUACUGCAUCGCCACGACGCCCAGUUCAGAAGAGCUGGUCCAAAGUGAAAAUGAAAUUGGAACUUCUCCAAAACAAGUUGCCGCAAAAUAUUGCCACUCGAGCGGGCCCAUGACUCGAUUAGAGGUCCAAACACCGACCAUCGUCCUCAAUCGAAAAUUGAUCGGCAACAGUGGAAUCGAAUCCGUGAGCAGAGAUGUGGUUGAAAUCACGACGGCGAAACCAGUGGCGAUUUUCAACUCAGCGCUAGAACAUAGGGUGAAAGCGAUGGACUUGGCAGUUUCGAAUCACGUGGACAUUUCGCACUCGAUUUUGUUCAGAGAAGUCAUGAGAGAUGCACAGCCUGGAUCAACCGUUUUCAUUGUGACGUCUUCAAGAGUUCCCUCGAUCAAUGAAGAUUUCAUGUCCGCGAUCGGCGCUGCCCAGGCUAGUAAAAUUAAAAUUUCGAUAAUUGCUUUAGAUGACGAGCAGAGCAUCGGCGGCCGCUCCCUCGAGCUCUACCGCGUCCUGGCUAAAUUUACGAACGGGCGGCUCUACCGCAUCGCCUCAGCCGAUUUAUCGCAUGUCGUGCCCUUAAUCGAGCUCAGCUUGACAGAGGGACAAGCAUCUGUCCUCUCCCGAGCCUCGAACAAAGAUUCUGCCUCGUACCACGUGUCACUUGAUUCAACCCUAAAGAGUUUAACCAUUGAAGCUUUUUGUAUCGGCGGCGGGUCGCCUAAAGUCGUUCUCGAGUCGCACGACCUUUUACCACUAGUGAACUCUGAUUCCCUCGAUUUUUCUUUCUUUCUUGUUCGGGAAAUCAAUAUCGGACGGUACGCCCUUAAUAUUACUUGUCCAUCGAAAGGGGUAAGCGUAGAAGUAAGGGGAGAAACAUCAGUUCAAUUUCGAGUCAUGAACACUGAUGAUUCCGGUCUCGUAGUAAAAUCUCUCUCGCUCGAGAAAAACGCGAAAAUCGAGAAGACAACGAUCAAGCAGGGCCAUACUCGCCAGCAUUUUGCUGUUCUCGAAGAUUUGAAUCAAUCCGUCCGUCUGAAGAAAUCCGGCUCUUUGAUAACCCUACCAGAGGAAGACGACGAUGAGCUACCCUUUUUCCCUGAUUUCAUUAUUCCCAAAGCGCUCGACUUGUCGAUCAUUCCUCAACUCGCGCAGGUUGAUGCAACGGGAGAUAAUGGCGAAGAAAUUCAUCGAGAAGAGAAGCAGUUUCUCUCGCAUAUAAAAGUAGAAGGAGAUGUUACCAAUAUGGACUUUCAGCCUGGCGAAACUGCGACGAUAAGACUUCGAGUUCACAAUCGGAAAACCCUCCUCCAUCUGACCGCCACCGACUUCGAAGGCUGGGUAUCUUCCAUCACGCCGACCUCAACUAGUCCUGAAGAUGAAUACACCUCCGUUGAAAUCCUUGUCACCGCCCCCAACGACGUCAAAAUCGGCUCCGAAACUUCCAUCACCGUUACCGCUCGCGACGACUUCCUCAUUUCCGUCGACUCUUCUAGCUUCUCCUUGUCCGUCGGUCAGACAGAAAAUCCUACUGUAAAGAAAAUGGUGGUCGAUACAAACAUCGACAACCGCUUCGGCCGGACCAUUGUUCAAUCCAAAGUGCAAAACUCUCAUCCGACACCGAGAGAUGCUGUUUUCUCCGUCUUUCUUCCAGAUAGCGCGUUUAUCACGAGUUACAAGCUGUACAUCAGAAAUCACACGUAUCAAGGAGAAAUUAUCGAUCCAGUCCAUGCGGAUAAGAAGACUGACUGGCUAUCGCCCAGUACAGUUGUACCGGACAAAAAUGAUGAUCACGAGUGGAAAGUCAAGGUUCGAAUGGACUCCUGGGACGAGGCGCUGUUCGAGCUUGUCUACGACGAACCCAUGUCCAAAACUGACGGCAAACAUCCCUACCACGUCAACUUACAGGGAAAACAACCAAUCGAAGAGCUCGAUUUCAAAGUCUCCUUGUAUGAUUCUGACGGUAUCGCCGACGUCCACGUGAUCAACACAGAAGAGGAAGAAGACUCCGACCAAAUAAUGAGCCGCACUCAAGUAAACCGCCCAUUCGGAGGCGGACUGAGUGGAUUUGGACUCGCGUCAGGAAAAUACGACUACCACGUGACCUUUGUAAUCGACACUUCUGGUUCCAUGUUCGGCGAGAAGCUCAAGGCCUCGGUCGAUGGUAUUCUAGCGGCGCUGAGAGGAUUGACCCCAGCUGAUAGGUUCAACAUUGUCAGCGAGAGUGUGAGCGACUUGACGGAUACUUCCUUCUCGCAUUUCACAGCUGGGGAGGAUUUGGUUGUUCUGGGCAAGUUUGUUGGCGAUGCUCCUGAAUUCUUAGAUUUCACGAUCGAAUACCGAGAUGUCGAAGACAAUCUGAUCUCCUUCACCAAGUCCGUCGGCGUCUCUCAGCUGGACAAAACCGGCGAUCGUGCCGAAACCAUCGCCAAAUUCUCCGCCGAUCAAUCCGACUACAACCCGAUCCGGCAGCAAUGGGCGGUAACCGCCGUUCACCAGCUUUUGAAACGUCGCGCUCAGGCCAACAAUCAAGUCGACUUCGACGAAUUGACAAAACAGGCGGCAAAGUUGAGCAGAAAGUUCAAAAUCGUCUCUCCAGUCGUUUCAUUCUUGGUCCGAAGACCGAAAUCAAGAGCGAAUCUGAUCGAUCCGGCCAACGAAAAUGGCCUCAGAGAGAAACGAAGCGCGGAAAUUGCGGAAUCGCACGAGAUCCACUACCAAUACAGAAAACUGUGGUGGAGAAGCGAUGAAAAAGAUGAGCUAGAGAAGAGCGCAGAGGAAAGUCUUCAAAAUCAACAUCUUCAGUUCGCGGCGUUGACUGGUUUCCCUCUUUCUUUCUCGAGGAAACUGGAGAACUCGGAGGAAAAAGUCUGCUUAGCAUUGCCUGGAGGAGUCGUUAAUGGAAGAGUAAAGCUGGCAGAGAACGAGGAGUACUCGAUUGUUGGCGAUAUUCGGAAAUAUAAGCUGAUGAGUCUCAACAUUAGAAUCAACGAGGAGACGAUUAAAGUGACGAAUACAUCGAUAACCAUCAAUGGCAAGGCUUCAACUGGGCACCCAACCUUGAGAAUCGAAGAUAAUCUGGUUCACUUUUCCCCGAAAGAAGCAAAAUCUAGCUUCACGAUUCAUCGGCUUGGACGAAGACUAGAUCUAUCAGCGGAAAUUGAUCUUGAAGAAACGAAUGGAUUCCUCCCGAGUCUUUUGGAAGUCGAAAGUCUGCUGCUCGAGGAAAUCACGGAAAAACACAAAACAGCGAUGCUCUGGGUUCAUGGCAAACACUUGCUUGCUCACAGAGAGGAAAACUGCUGGAAACUUGAUGCUGAGCAAGUCGACUCGCUUUUCGCUUAA